AUGAAAGCUAUUUAUAUUCUAGCUUUGUGUGUUACACUUGUGAUGGCAAAGCCAGCUGAUGAGAUUGUUAAAGAGUUACCUGAAAUGGGAAAAUUCGAUAGGUUUGAUAUGUACUCUGGAUAUCUUGAAAUUCCAAACAAGCAACGCAAACUCCACUAUGUCUUUGCUGAAUCCCAAAAUGAUCCAGCUACAGAUCCUCUUGUCAUCUGGUUCAACGGUGGACCUGGCUGCUCCAGCAUGCUUGGGUUCAUUCAAGAACAUGGCCCAUACUCAAUGCCAGAUGGUGAUCCAAACUUCUACGAAAACCCCAACUCCUGGAACAAAGAAGCCAACAUGUUGUACAUUGAGUCACCAGCCGGAGUCGGAUACUCAUACUUCUGGGACAGAGAGACCGACUCGUUCGACGAUCUGACAUCCUCCGAAGAUAACUAUGCAGCUCUGGAAGCCUUCUACGAGAAGUUCCCUGAGUAUCUCGACCACGACCUAUUCAUAUCCGGCGAAUCUUACGCUGGGAUUUACGUGCCUUAUCUGGCCUGGCAGGUCAUUCAGAACGGGUUAAAGUACAAUUUGAAGGGAAUCAUUGUAGGAAACGGUGUUACCAACUACACUCAUGAUGACGGAGCCUUUGAAGGAAUGAGCUUCUGGCACAAUUUGUACGAUUUGGGCAUUUAUGACCAAAUUAAGGCUAAUCACUGCUCUUUUAUUAAUAUUGAAGGCUUUGAAGAUGGAAAAGAAAAUAAAGAAGAAUGUGACAAACUUCAAAUGAAGUUCUAUGACUUGGUCAGCAAUAUCAACAUCUAUGAUGUCUACAGAGAAUGUUUUUAUGAUGAAGGAGUAGACAGACUUGGAACUGCCAAAAUUAAUGGAGAACUAAAGACUUAUAAGAGAGGAAUGACUGCCCAAGAAUAUACUCCUUUCUUAUUUAAAAAUAAGAAAGAUUCAUUAAACAUUAUUCCUCCUUGUGUAUAUGGAUCUGGACCAACUGACUUCUUAAACAGACAAGAUGUCAGAGAUGCUCUAAAUGUUGAAACAGAUCAGCCUUGGGAGCUCUGUGUCGGAGAAGACAGAUUAGAAUAUGAGGGUUUCGAUAAAGCUUCAUAUUGGAUCUAUCCAAUUUUAAAAGAAAAUAAGAUUAGAAUAAUGCACUUCUCUGGAAAUGCUGAUGGAGCUGUACCAACUCAAGGAACAAGAGCUUGGAUCAAUUCUUUAGGAUGGCCAAAGACACACGAAUAUGCUCCAUUCUACAUUGAAGAUAAACAAGUAGGAGGAUAUGUUGAGUCAAGAGAAGGUCUCACCUUUGCUAUAAUCAUCGGAAUUGGUCACAUGGCUGCUCAGUGGUCACCAGUUGCUACAAAACACGCCGUGUAUCAAUUCAUCAAAGACUUGCCAAUAACCGAUGCGAGCCCAAUAACUGCUGAAUUUUAG